CCACAUUGUCUCAUUUUCCACUGCCUCAUGUCCCUUAGAACAUGGAGGAAAUUAUGGCAGCUUUCCCUGCUAUAAGUUCCUCCCCUCUGUCUCUAUCUUUCUCUCCCCCUCUCUCUCUCUUUCCAUACUAUAUGCCAACCUCAAAACCUCUUUAACAACACCAAACACUUCUUAGUUCUUAUGCCAACAAAGCCAUCAAUCCCAACUGAGAAACCAUAGCCAAAAAGAGAGGAAAAAAAAGAUAAAGAAACAAGUCCACUUUAUUAGCACUUUUUUUUUUAAGCCAUAACAUAUCCUAGUAGAAAAGUAGACAUUAUUCGCGAAAAUUCCGCAGUCACUUUUCUUGAAAAUCUUUGUAGUUGUGAGAUUUUUUCGCUAGUGAAGAAGAAAAAAGAGAGAUGGAUAUUGAAUUGGCAAAGUGUGAUUGUUGUGGACUGAAAGAGGAUUGCACCCAAGAGUACAUAAGCGAAGUGAAGGCGAAAUUCGAUGGGAAAUGGCUAUGUGGGCUGUGCUCUGAAGCUGUUAGAGAUGAAGUAAACAGAGGAAAGAAGCCAUUUGAGAUGGAAGAAGCUGUGAAGGCUCACAUGUCAUUUUGUCGUAAAUAUAAAUCGAACCCUGCCAUUCGAGUUGCUGAUGGGAUGAGGCAGAUGCUGAGGAGAAGGUCAGGUGAUACGUCGUCCUCACCAUCUUCUUCUUCUUCCAAGAAGUACUCAAGAUCAGUGAGCACGUCACAAGUCGGAGACAAUUCUUCCUUCUCUUAUUACUAGUUUAUAAUGUUAACAAAUUAACGAGGCCCUCACUUUUUGUUCCAAUAAGGUUUGACAGCUUGUCUUUCAUGGCUAAAUUUCAUCUUUGUCUUGUACAGGAGAUGUUAUCUCAAUGAAGGCUUCUUCCUAGUUUUGUUUUGUUCUUGAAA